AUGGCUCUUACUCAACCUUCAACUUCGGAGAGGACGAUCCGCAAAAUUGACAUUGCCCAGGUGUCCCUCAGCCUUCAGGAUCGUUUAGGCCUCGCCAAAGUCAAAUAUCAGAACGGACGUCUACAGGCCCUCGGACCAAACCAUAAUGGCGGAAUACAGGUGUGCUUGGGAAGUGACCGGCCGUCGGAUUCUUCGUCGGAGGUCUCGCACAGCCGGAGUGAAACCCCAUUGACUCCGCCUCCCUUGCCCAACUCGUCAUAUUCAAAGGAGCUCCCUCGAUCGUCUCGGAAUAGACAUGCAGCAACCUUCGAUUCAAAGGCAAUGCAGCCCAUGCUGUCUGCCAGCCGAAAGCGUCUACGAUCGGACUCAAUUACAGACCGUACGAUCAAAGCCCCCCGGGUGUCUUGGAAAAGUUCACACCACCUGCCUGAAUCGUCUCCAGGCUUCAACCGACAGCACCUGAACCGACACCUUCCCAUUCCCUUCAUGUCAGAUAUCCCCGAGUAUUCCUCGCCGGCAUAUCCUCCUCACUCAGAAGACGACAACGACCCCGACCUCCCCGUUCACAGUUUUCAGCAUGUCAGCUCUAUGGCAGGCUCUUCACCUCCCCGCACGCCUCCUCCCAAGCACGCCCGUCUAUCCCGGAACGACCGACAAUUGCGGCAUGCAGACGGAGCAGAUUUGCUUCUGUACCUGGCCAAUUCCCCAACUCCGGCCAAACCGCAGCAGGCUCGGGACUUCCCUCCGUCGACUCCUCCGAGCCAGCACGCCGCUCUGCCGUCACUAACACCCACUCCUGGCGGCGGCGGCGUCUUCCCCAACUUCGGCACUCCGAAUCAACAGUUCAACUUUGCCGACUUUGUGAAUGUAACACCCAGUCCUGCCCAACCCCCCUGGGGCGGUCGCACGCCUGGAGGGCCCUCCAGAACACCCCUUGCGAACAAGGAGCGAAAGAGAUCUAAUCUUGACGGCCUGCUGCCCCCGAGCACGGACAGCCCGAGGAACCGCGGAAAGGGGCCUGCCAUGGUCCUCCAACUCGGUGAAGAGCUGCGACCGGAGAAAAGCAAAUAA